AUGGCUUCGUCUGCCCCUUCUCCUGUUGCCGUUGAGGCUGCCCAGCCCCCGAAGCUCAGCGGCGUCGCCCUGUACUCCCGGUUCGCCUUUGCCGGUGCCGUGUGCUGUUCGAUCACCCACGGUGCCUUGACCCCUGUUGAUGUCGUCAAGACCCGUAUCCAGCUCGACCCCGUCACCUACAACCGCGGUCUCUUCGGUGGUAUCCGCCAGGUUAUCCAGAACGAAGGUGCCGGCGCUCUUUUGACUGGUUUUGGUCCUACCGCCGCCGGUUACUUCCUCCAGGGUGCCUUCAAGUUCGGUGGAUACGAAUUCUUCAAGCAACAGUGCAUCAACCAGCUCGGUUACGAGACCGCUUCCAACAACCGCAUCGCCGUCUACGCCGUCUCUUCCGCCGCUGCCGAAUUUUUCGCUGAUAUCGCUCUUUGCCCUCUUGAGGCCACUCGUAUCCGUCUUGUCUCGGAGCCUACCUUCGCCAACGGUCUGCUCGGUGGUUUCUCUAAGAUCGCCAAGACUGAAGGUCUCGGCGGUUUCUACUCUGGAUUCGGUCCUAUCUUGUUCAAGCAGGUCCCAUACACCGUCGCCAAAUUCGUCGUCUUCGAGAAGGUUGUUGAGGCUGUCUACGGAGUUGUUGACAAGGACUCCCUCUCUGACGGCACCAAGACCUUUGUCAACUUGGGCUCUGGUUUGAUGGCUGGUUUCGCUGCUGCCAUUGUCUCCCAGCCUGCCGACACCAUGCUUUCCAAGAUCAACAAGACCAAGGGUCUUCCUGGUGAGGGCACCAUGACCCGCCUUGUCAAGAUUGGUAAGGAGCUCGGUUUCCGCGGCUCUUACUCUGGUAUCGGUGCUCGUCUCUUCAUGGUUGGUACUCUCACUGCUGGUCAAUUCGCCAUCUACGGAGAUAUCAAGCGUAUCCUCGGCGCCACUGGUGGUGUUGAGAUCGGCAAAUAA